GGUAGUAAAAUCGGUUGGGUUGGAUAGAUAAUGCAUGCUUACUUGAAACUGGCUUUGAGGAGAAAGCUAGUUAUAUUUGGCAAUGCUACUUUAUUUAUUUACUCAUACGAUAAAUCCUUGAUUAUUAGCUCAGCCCUUAGAGCUCUCUAAGUGUUUAUAUAUAGUCAAAGCAAGAUAUGCAGAGUAGGAAAUAUAGCAUACCUAAAAAAUUUAAAAAGCCAAGAAAGAUUAAAGACAGAGCACUGGAUGUUGGAUUUAACAGCAAAGAAAAUAAAGCUGUCUUCUACUACAAUUCAAAUGAUGACCUUCAGGUGAAAAUGGUUAAUUCAAUUUCCAAUCUCAACAGCCUGGUCGGGGAUUAUGAAAACUUGCUUCACCAGGACUCACGCCAACAAGUAGUUGGGGAAGCUCAAUUUAAAGAAAUGGAGGAGUUUAUCGCAAACGGAUAUUACAAAAUCCAGAAUGCACUUUUCACCUCCCAAAAGAGGAUAGAUGAACUUCUGGAGCCUCUUUCGGACCACAAGUCUUACCCAGGGAUCCCUUCUAACAAUAAAGACACAAUUGAUUCGGUCUCAAGGCAUCUAAAAUAACUCCUUAAUCGACCUCCAAAAAGUGCACACAAAACAAAAUAUGAUUCUUGGACAUUUCAAAGAUAUUACUGGAAAAUUCAACUCUAUUGCAAAUCCUAAAACCACUAAAGACUUCGGAUGUCAAACAGAUAUCGAAACAAGAGAGAGCAUCUUUGACCCUGACAUCCAUCCUGCUUCAACAAAAGUGACCGAAGCCAAGAAUGAAAUUGUGAAGGAUUACAUGAAUGAGUACAAAUUCAAGAUAUUUCAUUUAAUCAACAAUCCCCUCGUCGUAGUAGACAUCACGAGUAAGAACAAGCUCCUCGAGCCAUUCAUUUACCAAGAGAAGAAAGAUAUCAGGGACAACUCCGCUUAUAUGUACAAAAUUGAAGGAGACCUGAAAACAGUCAACAAAAAGCUAGAGCAGAUCAAGAUUGAAGUAUCAAAAUAACAAUAGGAAGAAAGCUGAAGAGAGUAUUCUACCAGUGAGCCAUCUGUCUGUUGAUUCUGCUCAGAAUGAAGACCUCCACUCCUCAAUGACUAGUCUGCCAAAUAUUAAGUCUAUUCCUAAACAUUAUAAUGGGUUUAAGAGCAACGAAUCGAGAACUUAUGCUUUGACGAGCAGAAAGAUAGUAAAUAAUUUAGCCAAAGACAAAGACAAAUUCUUAGAUAAGCUCAUCUCUAAUGCUGAAAGGGAAAAGCAAGGUCGUAAUGACCCUUUCUUGGGACCUAGACCCGACAGACUCCACAGAAGGGGAGAUUCACUCCAAUUUUCAGAUUUUAGAGUCAAAAAGAGUGUUAUUAAGGGUAAUAUUGACAGCAUGAAACACUUUAAGAGGCAAAAAGAGGUUCUUCCAAAUAUUUCCCAAAUUGAUAAAAGCGUUAGCUCUAUUAACCUCAGACCAAAAUAUCAACGAAAUCAAUCUGUCCUGAGAUCUCUUGAUAGAACUAUAGAUAAUGGGAAGACUGCUCUCAAUAUCUUUAAUGACCCAAUCAUUAGUAUGAAACUGACAUUUCCCAGUUUUGAAACUAUAAAACCAAGACUUUUAAAACCCUUCCUUGAACUUGGGUCUGAAGAAGAGCUGAGAUUAAGGGAAACAUUUGAGAAGUUGAACCUUUACCCGGAAAUAAGCCAGCUAAUUAUAGAUGACUUGAUCUCAAAAUACUGUGGGGUGCUAGACAAUGCUGAUUCAUACAAAUCUAUUGUAGACAUUUGCUCGACUAUUUUUCACUACCUAGAUAUAUUAUACGAAAUCUUCGUUUCGUACAACAUUCCGUACUGUACUGACAUAAACUCAAUGAAGAAAAUGAGCUGGCCUCCUUUCAAGAGAUUCUGACAGGAUAUUGGUUAUGAAGAGUUAGGCCCAUACUUCUUCUACAUUUCCACGAUUGUAGACAAGACUCUCUCUCCUGAUAUCUGAGGGGAAACUUUGUCUGAACAGCAAAAGUGGUGUCUCAAAAGAAUAGAGAAAAGUCUACACUCUGAGUAUCAGAUAAAGAUAACUUUUACCAAUUUUAUUGAAGCCCUUGUCCGCAUGAGCGACCAUGUCUGUGAAAUAGACCAAAAAUUAAGCGAUAAAAUAAUCGGAUUUAUAGAAUCUGCAACAAAAGAUACACAAAGGUCUUUGGUAUUUUCAUACAAGUUCUACCUCUUUGAAAAAGAGUUCAGAGUAGUGAUCCAGAAAUAUACCCCUGUUUUACUCAAAAUAUACCACAAAGAGUUGGAAAAUAGACUCAUAAACGUAGAUGAAAGUGAGCCUGGAGGGAGACACUGCCUCAUGAAUUUCAGAAUCCUCGUUUCCCUACUCAAGAAGUGGCAGUUCUGCAAUGAAGAUAUAAAAGAGACCCAUAAUUUGACAGAAGAAGAUCUUAUUAAUGAAAAUAGGGAGAAUACACCUCUUAUUGGGGACAGAGACAGGAAGGAACCAUACUCUGGAACUUUAAGAUACUCUCAUAUUAUAGAACUGUUCUACGCUUCCCUGAAGCAUCGAAACUACUUACAUCUAGACCGUACUCUGCGAAAUGAAGGAAUAGGACUCAGCUGCUUUGAGUUCAUCGACUUUGUAACCUUCCUUGGCAUCUACAUGUGGAGAGUCAACGAAAUCUACUUCGAUCUUGAGCCCUAUCAAGCCCUCGAAAAGACCUUUAUCAAAGUCAAAACAUCAUCAAUAAAGUACAAUAUAAUCCAAAGAUCAACACCUUGUUCCGAAUUUGAUAGCCCUUACCAAAACCCCACCUCAAAAUUCCCCCAAGAACCUCCAAAUCUAGACCCUAAACCUCCCAAACAAGACGAUUUCAAACAAAAAACUGAGUCAAGCAAGAGUCUUUUUGACCGGCUCAAAAUCCAGCACCAAAAGAAAAGAAAUAAACUUACUGAUUAAAAUAAUGGGGUUCUGACUAA